UUGCUCCACAACUAGUAGAUAAGGAUCUAGCUUUAUUAGGUUACCUCAAUAAAUCUACAAGAAAAUUCUACGCUAAAAUAUACUCAUUAGAAAGAGAAAAAAAUAUAAAAUUGUCCAUUUGCAGGCCAUGGCUCAGCCAUCUGAAAUUAUUUUCUUGCUUACAUUUUUCCUCUUACCCUUAGUUUUUUUUCUCUUCAAAGCUUUCAAAUCAUUCAACAAAACUCCACAACUUCCACCAGGACCAACACCAUGGCCAGUCAUAGGAAACAUUUUUCAUAUGGGAAAAAUGCCUCACAUAACUCUGACAAAUUAUGCAAAAACUUAUGGCCCCCUUAUGUCCCUCAAGCUUGGAACUCAAUUACUAGUUGUUGGAUCAUCACCUUCUGUUGCAAUAGAAAUCCUUAAAACCCAUGAUAGAAUCCUCUCAGGUAGACAUGUUCCAAAUGCUGUUCCUUCAAAAAGAUCAGAACUUGACAAGAUAUCAAUAGGCUGGAGUUCUGAAUGUAACAAUGGAUGGAGAUACUUAAGGACAUUAUGCAGAACUGAGCUUUUCUCUGGCAAAGUAUUGGAGUCUCAAGCUUGUUUGAGGGAGAAAAAAGUGAUGGAAUUGGUAGAAUUCUUGAGGUCAAAAGAAGGUCAAGUGGUGAAUCUUGGAGAACUAGUCUUUGCAACUGUGUUCAACAUGUUGAGUAAUGUUCUGAUAUCUAAAGAUAUGGUUAAUUUGGAGAAAGAAACAGAAGAAGAUGGUGGGAUGAGAAGUCUAGCAAGGGGAAUAAUGGAAGUGGGCGCUGCUCCAAAUAUAUCUGACUUUUAUCCAAUUUUGAGUAAAUUUGAUCUUCAAGGUUUGCAAAAAAAAUAUAUAGAUUUAAUGACAGAGAUUCGUUCCAAGUGGGAACCGAUUCUUGAAGAAAGAAGGAACAGUAAAGAGAGUGGUUCUCCUAGCCAGCAAGAUUUCUUGGAAACUCUCCUUGAUAAUGGUUUCACCAAUGAUAGUAUCUGCCAGCUAUUUUUGGAGUUAUUCGUUGCUGGUGGAGACACCAGUACCUCAACAAUCGAGUGGGCGAUGGCAGAACUGAUUAAAAAUGUGGAGUCAAUGAAGAAAGUUCAAGACGAGCUCGAGAUUAAACUCGGUGAAAGUGAUUACCCAAAAGAAUCUCAAUUGCUUCAUAUGUCCUAUCUUCAGGCCUGUGUGAAGGAAACACUUAGGUUGCAUCCUCCAGGACCAUUGCUGCUUCCACAUCGUGCUAUCGAAACCUGCCAAGUGAUGAGUUUCACAAUUCCUAAAAACACUCAAAUCUUGGUUAACGUGUGGGCUAUCGCGAGGGAUCCAUCGAUAUGGGAAGAACCGGAGAUGUUUAGACCACAAAGGUUUCUGAGUUCCGAUACGGACUUCAAAGGGAAUGACUUUGAGUUCUUACCUUUCGGUGCUGGAAGGAGAAUAUGCCCAGGCCUGCCUCUGGCUGCAACAAAAAUUCCAUUUGUCCUUGCUUCACUUGUUCAUUUCUUUGAUUGGGAACUUCCUCAUGGAAAAUGUCUUGUCGAGCUAGACAUGCAUGAAAAGUUUGGAGUAACACUGCAAAAGAAAGAACCGCUGCUUCUGAUUCCCAAGCCCAGAAAAUGACCAUUGGGAUAUACAACUAGGGUCGUUUGGUAGGGUGUAUAAUAAUAGUACUGAAUAAGGUGUAUUAGUAAUCUUUGGGAUUAGUUAUCUUUGGCAUUUUGUUCUAUGGACUGUUUGAUUUGUUGUAUUAAACGAAUAGGAAUAGUUAUAACUAAUACAUGUAUAAGGGAUUUAAUAAUACCAAAUCUAAUACUAAUAUUAUUUUCUCUAA